AUGUUUUCCGGAAGUUGCUGAAGAUUAAUACGCGUACGGGUGUAUUUUAUAUUUCUCGUUCACCUCGUUGUACAGAAGGAGUUUUUACAAAUCGAGAUGGGCUUGCCGGACCUAGAACAAUCUUCUCGUGAACUAGACGAGAAGCUGCUCCGUUUUAUGGAUCAACUCGAGCUCCUAGAAGAGAAACGAGCGUCUCUUAACGCGUUGAUUGAACAGGGAUGGUUUUCCAUUUCCAAGGCGCGAUAUUCCAUGGGAAAUAAACAUGUGUCGUCACUACAGUAUGCCAGUGAAAUAGAGCCACGUAUCGUCAUUCAUACCCAACCACUAGACAAUGGUGAGGUUAAAUUUUCCAUCAACAAGAUAACUAAUGAUGAUCCGAAGCCUGUGGAAGAUGUUGGGCCACAAGAAACUGGUGUUCGAAGAAGAAAUAAAAAAAUAGAGAAUACUGAUAAGUACGAGGAGAGUGAAACAAGUAUUCCUGGACAACCAUGUGAAAGUAAAAAAAAUAGAACAUGUAACCAGAAUCUCCAGCAAGACCCAAUAAAGUGGUUUGGUAUUUUGGUGCCACAGUCUCUCAAACAAGCACAGACAUCAUUUAAACAAGUGAUUGACUUGUCAGUGGAUAUUGCCAGUCUCCAAACUGCUAUUGUGAACAGUAAACAUGAACUUCGGAUUGGUGCCAAAAAGAAGGAAAAGAGUGAUGAGAAGGCACUGGACAAGGACAAAACUAAGGAGAAGAAUGCCAAAAAGCCAGACAAAGUUGUGAAAAAGUCAGAGAAAUUACCAGAGAAGACACUAGAGAAGACAUCUGAACAGAGCAAGGCUGAUGAGGAGAGCAGGACUACAGAAGCUGAAGGGGCAACAGGGUCUACUAAUGAAGAAAAUGGAGAGUUUCAGCCCAUCGAACUUCCACCAUUUGAGAUUGUGAAAGGAGAACAGAUGAGCCCCUUCUAUUUCAAGUUUCAGUUCAGAAAUGUGGAGUAUUCAUCGGGGAGGAACAAGACCCUUCUGUGCUAUAGGGUGGACACAGCAGGGGGCAGCACAGAGCCGCUGAAAGGUUAUAUGGAGGAUGAGCAUACCACUGCACACGCAGAGGAGGCCUUCUUUCAGCAGGUUCUGCCUGACUCAUCCCAGCACCAUGAUGUGACCUGGUACGUGUCCUCCAGUCCCUGUGCAGACUGUGCUGCUAAACUGGCAUCAAUUCUUUGUCAGCGUAAGAACUUAAAGCUGUGCGUGUUCUGCUCACGCCUGUUUGAAUGGGAGGAACCAGAGAUUGUGGAAGGCCUGAGAGCUCUGGUGACUGCAGGCUGUAAACUGAGGAUGAUGAAGCCCAGCGACUUCAUGCACGUUUGGGAGACGUACGUGGACAAGGAAGAACAGAACUUCAGCCCCUGGGAGGACUGUCAGGACAACUAUAACUACUAUGUGGAGAAACUGGCAGAGAUUCUCAAAUAGACGUGUGUGCCUGUCAGACAGAACCAGGAGGACACAGCUAGUUCAUACAUUUUUAUUUUUGUAUAAUUUAAUACAACAUGAUAUUAAAUACAAUUUACACAA